AUGGAGCCCCGUCUGCACCCAGUCCUCACAUUGAAGCCGCUGGAGCUGCACUCUCAUGUCCGGGCUUCUCAAAGGGUGCUGGACAACAAGGCAUCACGUAACUCCACACAUCUCACUCAUGUGUUUGGUGCUGUGUGCGUGCUCACGCAGGUGCAUGACUACCAACACACGAGUGAGAGGGGGAGUGGGGCGCUGCUGGGACUGCUCACCAAGGUGACACAGGUGCUGCUGAUACCGCUGCCACCCAGUGCUGGAGCUGCACCAGUGCAAGCGGCCAGGGCAUCAGGGAGAACUGCUGCAGGCCCGGUGCUGCAGGGCGUCAGGGGAGCUACUGCAAGCGACCAGCCGCUGCUGCCGAUCGCCACGGGCGCCAUGAACAGCAGUCGCGCGCAAGGAGCUGCAGCGCGCAGGCUGUCAAGCGAGGAGGUCACGGCAGCCGCGCGACCGAAGCAGCAGUCGCGGAUCUGGCCGCAGCCGCAAGAAACGCACUGCAGGUCGUCACCCAUCUCUACGCCGCCUCUUCGUGAACUCGGGCCAUCAUCCCUCACGUUCCGUCGAUUAAUCUUUCCAGCGAAGCGCUCACCAUGA